GCCAGGGAUUUGCUCCUUCAGUCACGGCCACAGCCACAGCCAUGGUGACUGGGGUGACAUGGGAGCUGCACCUAUUACUUCUAAUGGGGCUGGGGCUCAGGACCCAUGAGACCCUACCGCCACCCUGUGAGAGUCAGAUUUACUGCCAUGGGGAGCUCCUGCACCAAGUGCAGAUGGCCAAGCUUUACCAAGAUGACAAGCAGUUUGUGGACAUGUCACUAUCUACAGCUCCAGACCAAGUCCUGGGAAACUUCAGCAAACUGGCUGUGAUCUACAACCACAGCAUCCCUAGGCAGCAGCUACAGGAGUUCGUCCAGCAGUACUUCCAGCCUGUGGGGCAGGAACUGCAGCCCUGGACGCCUGAGGACUGGAAAGAUAGCCCCCAGUUCCUACAGAAGAUCUCUGAUGCUAAGCUUCGUGUCUGGGCAGAACAACUGCACCACAUCUGGAAGAAACUGGGAAAGAAGAUGAAGCCAGAGGUCCGCAGCCACCCUGAACGGUUCUCUCUGAUCUACUCAGAACAUCCUUUCAUUGUGCCCGGCGGGCGCUUUGUUGAGUUCUACUACUGGGACUCCUACUGGGUCAUGGAGGGUCUGCUCCUUUCCGAGAUGGCCUCAACGGUGAAAGGCAUGCUGCAGAACUUCCUGGAGCUGGUGAAGACCUACGGGCAUAUUCCCAACGGUGGGCGUGUGUACUACCUGCAGCGGAGCCAGCCCCCACUUCUGACCCUCAUGAUGGAUCGAUACGUGACUCACACCAACGACACCACCUUCCUAAGGGAGAAUAUCGACACCUUAGCCAUGGAGUUGGACUUCUGGACUGUGAACAGAACUAUCUCUGUGAGCUCAGGGGGACAGAGCUACAAACUGAACCAUUACUACGUCCCCUAUGGGGGACCCAGGCCAGAGUCCUACAGCAAAGAUGCAGAGCUGGCAGACCCCCUGCCUGAAGGAGACCGAGAGGCUCUGUGGGCAGAGCUCAAGGCUGGGACUGAAUCUGGCUGGGACUUCUCUUCACGCUGGCUUGUUGGAGGCCCAAACCCAGAUUUGCUCAGCAGCAUCCGAACUAGCAAACUAGUACCCGUUGACCUGAAUGCCUUCCUGUGCCAAGCAGAAGAGCUGAUGAGUAAAUUCUACUCCAUACUGGGGAAUGAUGCCCAGGCCACAACGUACAGAAACUUGCGGGCCCAGCGCUUGGCUGCCAUGGAGGCGAUCCUGUGGGAUGAGCAGAAAGGCGCCUGGUUUGACUAUGACUGGCAGAACAGGAAAAAGAAUGUGGAGUUUUACCCCUCCAACCUCACCCCGCUCUGGGCCGGCUGCUUCUCCAACCCUGACGUCGCUGACAAGGCUCUGAAAUACUUGGAGGACAGCAAGAUCUUGACUUACCAGUAUGGGAUCCCAACCUCUCUCCAGAAGACAGGCCAGCAAUGGGACUUCCCUAAUGCCUGGGCCCCACUUCAGGACUUGGUCAUCAGAGGCUUGGCCAGGUCAGCUUCCCCUGGGACCCAAGAAGUAGCUUUCCAGCUGGCCCAGAACUGGAUCAUAACCAACUUUGAUGUCUACUCCCAGAAGUCAGCUAUGUAUGAGAAGUAUGACGUCAGCAAUGGUGCACAUCCAGGUGGUGGUGGGGAAUAUGAAGUUCAGGAGGGAUUCGGCUGGACCAAUGGAGUAGCCCUGUUGCUUCUGGACUACUAUGGUGACCGACUGACCUCGGGAACCCAGAUGGCUCUCCUGGGACCCCACUGCCUCGUAGUUGCCCUUUUGUUCAAUCUCCUGGCAUGGUGACCAAGACAAAAGCCUCACUGCUUCCCCUGCCUCCAGCUCCCGCCUGUUAACCCUUCCCUUCCGCCUCAUGCCCCAACCUCCCAGCUGUCUUCUGUUCAUGGUACAUGAGGUGGCAGUGACCUGCAGGUCAGAGUUGGAGACUGGGUCUCUCCUGGAACUUUCGUAAGGGUAGAAAUCCUACUCUUGGGGGAAAAAUGAAUCCUGCUGCCCAAAGCACCUUACCCAUACACCUGGCCUACCACACACAUACAUAGUCAAAAAUGCUUUAUUGUUCUGCUGAAAUGUUU